AUGCAGGAGGCUGAUCUGAAGACAGAUGGCACGUCUCAGUCACAGAAGGUUGAAGGAGAGAUUGAGUUGGACGAGGCUGUUGCCAUCCCAUCUCAGUCACAGAAGGUUGAAGGAGAGAUUGAGUUGGACGAGGCUGUUGCCAUCCCAUCUCAGUCACAGAAGGUUGAAGGAGAGAUUGAGUUGGACGAGGCUGUUGCCAUCCCAUCUCAGUCACAGAAGGUUGAAGGAGAGAUUGAGUUGGACGAGGCUGUUGCCAUCCCAUCUCAGUCACAGAAGGUUGAAGGAGAGAUUGAGUUGGACGAGGCCGUUGUCAUCCCAUCUCAGUCAAAGGAGGCUGCAGUGGUGACCUUCACUAACGUGACCCCCAAGGCUGCAGCCUCCCAGACCAGCCUCACCGUCAGGGGAAAGAGAAGCUACCCAGAGCUAAAGCACCCAGAGAUUUCCACCUCGAUAAUAUACAGGUCUUUGUUUCUCGACUCAUCUCUUGUCUCCUCUAACAUGGUCACUGAGAGCAUUAUCUUCAACAGUCCACGCCCAUCAGAGGAGAAUGUGAGUAUUCAGAAGGUGCUCCCUGCUGAUAAAGUUGACAUCCUCCAUGGUCAACCAGUGGAGGAGUGUAUCGUCAAAGCUGAGCAAUGCAUCACUCAGGAUGCAGCUGUGACAUGUACUGCCAUGCUGGAUAAAACCGACGCUUGUGGGAAACUAAAUCCUGUCUAUCCAUGUUUCCACAGAGAAUAUUGA